AGAGCAGGGGCGCGGGUGCCACUGAGAGCAACUAGGGCGACGUGGACAUACCCGGCUCGGGUCACGGCGUGGGCAUCCGCACAGCGGGCGCUCGGCGCUUAGACACGCCCCUUCCCCAGCUUCGCGUCCCCCGGGGCACCGGCCACACUCCGCCGGGGCGCCUGGCGCGGCGCGGGGACUACAUCUCCCAGCAUGCAGCGGCGCCGGCGGAGCGAGGCGAGGCGCGGUGAGUCAGAGCCGCACAGUAAAUAUUUGUAUUAGCCGGAGCCGGCUCGCUAAUGGUGGACGCGUGAGGCGGAGGCGCGGGCGGCGGAGGGAGGCCGGAGCGGGCAGCGCGGCGGCGCCAUGUCCGUGAACAUGGACGAGCUCAAGCACCAGGUCAUGAUCAACCAGUUCGUGCUGACGGCGGGCUGCGCGGCCGACCAGGCGAAGCAGCUGCUGCAGGCGGCCCACUGGCAGUUCGAGAUGUGCACUCCUGCCAACACCCCCGCCACACCCCCCAACUUCCCCGACGCUCUCACCAUGUUCUCCCGUCUCAAGGCCUCCGAGAGUUUCCACAGCGGUGGCAGCGGCAGCCCAAUGGCUGCGACAGCCACGUCGCCCCCACCGCACUUCCCCCAUGCCGCCACGGGCAGCUUCUCAGCCCCCAGCUGGCCCACGGCCGCCUCGCCCCCGGGGGGCCCACAGCACCACCAGCCACAGCCACCCCUGUGGACUCCAGCACCCCCUUCUCCGGCUUCAGACUGGCCACCCCUGGCCCCCCAACAGGCCACCUCGGAACCCAGGGCCCACCCUGCCAUGGAGGCAGAGAGAUAAGGGAGGCCCCUCCCCCCUCCCGGAGCCCAGGACCCCGUGGGGCGGGGGAGAGGACGUCUCCGCGGGCCCCCUUCACCCCUUUUAUGUCUGCACCCCUUGGUCCCUGGAGCCCUGGAGGGGAAAGCACGGACUCUAGCCAGGCAGGGACAUGUCUGGUGCCAGAACACGCAGCUGUCCACACGCAAGGUCAUGGCCGGCACAUGGAGUGGUUCAGAGCAGCCUGGGUGCCUGGCGGUCAGAACUUCAGAGACCACACGGCCUUCCUUCGAAGACGAACCUGCCCCACCUGGCCCAGGGGUACCGCAGAGGACCACCCUGGCGGAGACAUCACUGAUCCCUGGCUUGGAGCUCCUUGGGGGCCGGCAGGCCUCGACCCCCACCCUAGGGAAUGCAGAGCCUCUCCGCAUGUGUGCGCGUGGCCGUGUCUGUGUAUUUCUACAUGUGUCGCUCUUCAGAAGCAACUUAGUUCCCGGGGCAGCUGGACUUUGCAUGUUAGAGUGAGCCCCCAGCCCUCUGCCCACCGCCCCCUCCCCAGGGCCCUGCCUCCUGCCCCACCCCUUCAUCAGCCAGCGUUGCUGUUCCUUGCAGAGAAAAGGAUUGUGGGAAACUCCAGGACUCUUCCCACUGCCUCCCAGCGCCUGCCUGCUGGGGCCGCCUGCAUGCCUCCCCCUGAGCCUGGGGGUACCCGCAUCCACUUCCUUUCCCGCUUUUAACAAAAGAGAAGAAUGAAUUCCAAACCAC